AAGCCAGACACAUUCAAACCCUCAUAAAUAAAUAAAUAUUUUGACACUCAAAAUUCAGUCAUACUAAUAUUCACACAAGAGAAGAAAUUAACCACAUGGUGGUGCAGUGUGAAAAUGCUGUGAAGCAAAAUAUUCAACCACCCAAUUAAAUGAAGUCUGUCGGCUUCCAUCAGAAUUACUCUCAUUCAUAAAGGCUGCCAUUAUUUAGUUGAGACGGUCUUCCAACAAUAUUUAUUAUUGUUCUAUCCCCAUCACCCUCCAAAUCUCACCUCCAUUUUUCAUUUUCAAUUUCAUUUCUAUUUAUAUAUACAUAAAUAGGUGUAAAAAAUGGGAGAUUCUGUUCUGAAAUUUGAGGUACAGCGGCCACCGGCGGCGGACUGGAAGCCGGCAGCGGCGCCGGCGUUGGUUGAAAUGGAUCGAAACAAGGCUUGAUUAUGAAUCAGUGAAAUUGACACACACACAGACGCUUUCAUUAUGAAUCAGUGAAAUCCGACGUGGCAGGCGCCCACAAAACUCUUUUAACAAACUCUCACCUUUCUCUCAUUAUUUCCACAUUCCAUUAAAAAUUUAAAAACCCUCACUCGCAUCUCCUCACCACCAUGCGCCACCGCCACCCUCUGUCACCUGCUCCGGCGCCCCAUCCCCAGCAUCCUCCGUCUCCUUCUCCCAAAUCCUCCGCGGUAACACAGCCACAGACAACGCCUUCUUCUUCCGCCUCGGAAUUCGCUUCCCCGCCGCCGUCCAAGCUGCCGGUUGACUUCAGCCCGCCGCUGAUCGCCAUGGUCGUCAUAAUCGCCACGGCUUUCGUCAUCAUCACCUACUCGCGCCUCCUCUCUCGCCACUUCAUCCACGCCUACCGCCGCUACAGGCGCUGGAGGCGGCGCCGGCGGAGGUACGUCCCGUCGUCGUCCGCCGGAGACAUCGAGUCGCCGCCGUAUAUCUACGACCCGACCGACGCGUUUCACGUGCUCUCGCCGUACGGCCUCGACGAAUCGAUCAUCAAAGGCAUUCCUCUCUCCGUCUACACGCGGAAGAGCGGCUUCUACGACUGCGCCGUGUGCUUGCUGGAGUUCGAAGAGAACGACUACGUGCGUACGCUACCGGUUUGCUCACACGCUUUCCAUGUCGACUGCAUCGAUAUAUGGCUUCGGUCGCAAGCUAACUGCCCGCUCUGCCGCGCCGGAAUAUUCCGUCCGGACUCACCGUUCACGCCGCUGAUGGCGGCGAGGAUCCGACCGAGCCUCGACGAUAUCAUUAUCGAGAGCACAAUUUUGGAGCCUCUCUCUGAGAUCUCGGCGGAAUCGGAAUCAGAAGCUGAAGCGGAAGCGGUUACAGAAGGAGAAAUCACUCAGGAACCCUCACCACGGCGGAAUAAUCAAUCAGAGGACAGGUUUAACCGCCGCGAUUUUCUAUUGAAGCGAUCGUAUUCGUUCGGAUUCGAACGGAAUUUAGGAUCGGAGAGAUUAGUGCUGGAGCCGGUGACAUCCUCGCCGUGGCGGUACCGGAUCGGCGGCGGAGGAGGAAGCGUGUGGAGCAAACGCCCCUCCCCGUUCAGCUCGCUGACGAAACAUAGGGUUUUCUCAUUCCGCUACUACCGCGGCAUGAAAUCCCCAUUCUUCCGGCGGCGGAGCAUCGGCAGCUUCUUCCCGCUCUCCGAGUCGAGCGCGCGCGCCGGCCUGUCGAGCGGCGGGUCGUCGCGGCGGACGAAAUCGUUCGCCAGCCCGAUGUUCAUGCGGUCGUCGGCGGCGGCGGGAGCGCUUUUCUCGUCGAGCCGGCUGCGGAGCGGCGAUCCGGAGGCGCUGCUCUCGCCGGAGAGAUUCAGCAAACGGUGAUGCGGGCGACACGUGGAUGGCUGAGAAUGAAGGCGCGAAAAUUGCUGUGGAAAAAAAAGAAAAAAAUAAUGGAAAGAAAAGUCUCAUGUGGGAAAUUAAUAGCGUGUCUGAAAUUUCUGAAGGAGGCAUUAAAUGGAGGACCGCAUUUAAACAAUCGGGCUGUCUCUCCCACUAUACCUAUCGGUGGGAAUCGGAAGUCCGGCGGUGGAGGAGGAGGUGGUGGAAAUCCGACAAAUGGAAGUGGAGCACUAAAAAUGGUUGUGUUUGAACGUUGAAAUGAAUGGGGCAUGGUAGCACUAGCACUAUAUGGGGUGCUUUUUGGGGUCGAGUACAAUUGUUGAUCGAGACUAGGAUGAAUUGUGAAAUUGGAAUUUUGGGUAUUGUAGGCAGUGGCGGAUCUAGGGGGGGCGGAGGGGGCGGUCGCCCCCUCCGUGCGACUAUUUUUCCCUUAUCGGGAUGUAAAUUUACCAUGUCCGCCCCCUCCGUUUGCCUCCGGCGACGCCCCGAACAAUAAAAAAAAUAGCCAUGUCCGCACUAAACCAAGCUAAUACUAUAUAUUCCGCCCCCUCCAUUUUCGGAUCCUGAUCCGCCACUGAUUGUAGGGGGAAAUGGGGUGAGUCACUAGUUGUGAUGCUCAAUUUUGAUGAUAUUGUAAUCAUGCGGUUCAAAUGAGAAGUGAGCACUUACCUUUUUAUUUCUUUUCUCUUAGUUAA